AUGGGUCCUUCUGAAUUAUCGCUUCCAAAUACGAACAGUGAAGAAUCGGUCCUUUUUCCAAAACCUAAACAAAACAAUUCAUGUACAUUUUUGAAUGAAAAUAACAGUAUAUUACAUGACAAAGAAGUAGCAUAUACACCUGUUUUAUUAUCUUCACCAUUUACUACGAGAGAAAAUCAUGGCGGUAUUCAAAUUAAUUCAAAUUAUAUUCCUACAAAUUAUAUUAAAAGGAAGGCAUCGUUGCAUAAAAGAAAACAGAAUUCACUAAUACAUUGCACUACAAGCAGUUCAAUAACCAGAUCAAAGAUUAAUAAGAAGGGGCCUCAUGAACUCCUAUCUGAAGACCAGAAGAGAGCAAAUCAUAUUGCAUCUGAACAAAAACGACGAGCUAACAUACGUAUAGGAUUUGAAAAAUUAGUUGAAAUUGUUCCUACAUUAAGUUCAGGGCAUAGAAGCGAAGCAUUGAUAUUACAGAAAUCUAUUGAUCACUUAAAACAAUUGGCAGAUUUAAAAACAACAUUGAAAGCGAAGGCUCGUGAGCUACAGCUUAUAUUAGGUGAAAUACCCGAUGAAGAUAGUUCUGAAGGAGAACUAGAUAAUAAUUUUUAA